AUCAUGCAAUUUUCCAUUGCAUCGCCAUAUAACACAUUCUUCUUAAAAAAACAAUGUAAAUGGAAGAAUAUGUCCAUAUUGAGUGAUAUCUGUCUCUCUCAGAUUCGUAUUUUCAGUAAUUCUUUAGUAAACUCUGCUGUAUCUUCAAAUAAAACGUCUUUAAAAGCGCGUUCAGGUCCCUCACGUUUAGGAUAUUCUCCAUGGAUAGCAUUUCUUAAGGAACGUUUUAAGAAUGCAUUAGGAACUCCUAAAGAAAUUCUUAAAGAAUCUUCAGAUAUUUGGAAAUCUUUAUCUCAAGAAGAACGCCAGGUUUAUCGAGACCUAUCUCUCCAAAGUAAAGUUGAUGCUACACGUGCUUAUGAACUUUGGGUUACUUCUUUAUCUCCAAAAGAAAUUUCAGAAGAGAAUCGGCUUAGAAAUCAGUUACGCAAACAAGGUAAAAAAGGCAUAUCCCGAAUUAAGGAUCCUCGUAGACCGAAACGCCCUAUGACUCCCUUUUUGUUCUAUUGUGCACAUGCAAGAUCUUCUCCUGAUUUUGUAGAAAAAUAUGCAGGAGGUGCAACAAAAGCUACAGAACAAGUGCAGGCGUUAUCAAGAAAAUGGGCUGCUAUGAGGGACGAAGAAAAAAUGAAAUUUAUCGAUCAAGCAAUAGAUAGUAGGGAACGUUAUCAAAAGGAAAUGGAAAUUUAUCAGAAAUUGUGAAAUCAUAAAAUGACAGCAUUUUUGUUUUAUAGUAGACAUCAGUAAUACAUAUAUAC